AUGGCGGACAACGAGAAACACCCCGUCGAGCUGGAUCCAGAAGUCGAAAAGAACCUCCCCGCGCCUCUCGCCAAUGCUAUCAAGGAAGGCAAAGUCCCGGCGGAUGUCUUGAAGCACUCUCACGAUGCCGAUGAGGCGAUGAAGGCUUUCGCUGGGAAUGAGGGCCAGGUGAUUGAAUUGAGCGAGGCGGAUAAUAAGAGGAUCCUCAGAAUCAUUGACUGGAAUUUGAUACCGAUCAUGUGUAUCGUGUAUGGCCUCAACUUCUUGGACAAGACGACCCUCUCAUAUGCUUCUAUCAUGGGUCUGAUCGAGGAUAUUAAUCUGGUAAAUGACGAUUACCAAUGGCUAGGCAGCAUGUUCUACUUCGGCUACAUCGCCUGGGAAUACCCAACCAGCCGACUCCUCCAAAUCCUGCCCAUCGGUAAAUACUCCGCCGCCUGCGUAAUCGCCUGGGGCUUGGUUCUCUCCUGCUUCGCCGCCGUCGAGAACUUUGGCGGCGCAGUAGCGAUUCGCUUCUUGCUCGGUCUCUGCGAGUCGGCCGUCACGCCGGGCUUUGCGCUCAUCACUUCGCAGUGGUACACCAAGCGCGAGCAAGGCCUGCGGACGGGCAUUUGGUUCUCGUUCAAUGGUGUGGCGCAGAUUGUUGGUGGAUGUCUGGCGUACGGGAUUGCCAGGGGUGCGGCGAGCACUGGAUCGGCGAUUGCGCCUUGGAAGAUUGUGUUCUUGGUUACUGGGCUGUUGACUAUGGCUAUGGGAGUAAUAUUCCUGUUUGUCGUGCCGGACAAUCAGCUCAAUGCUAGGUGGCUGAAGAAAGAAGACCGCAUACUGGCCAUCGAGCGUAUCCGUGUCAACAACCAAGGCGUCGGCAACAAACACUUCAAAAUGUACCAACUCCUCGAGGCCCUCAAAGAUCCUCUCACCUGGGGCAUCACCUUCUACGCACUCGUCGCCGACAUACCCAACGGCGGCAUCACCAACUUCUUCUCCCAGCUCAUCACAUCCUUCGGCUACACAGCCGAGCAAUCCCUCCUGUACGGCACUCCAGGCGGAGCCGUAGAGAUCAUCACCCUUGUCGGCUGCGGCUAUCUGGGCGACAAGUUCCACAACAGAAUUCUCGUCUCGUCUUCUGGGCUGAUAUUGGCUAUGCUUGGGGUGGCGCUGAUCGUCGGGUUGCCGCUGGAUAACAACGGGGGAAGACUGGGAGGGUAUUAUUUGACCCAGGCUUCUGCCACGCCUUUCGUGGCGUUCUUGUCGCUGAUCUCGACCAAUGUGGGUAUCUGCUUGCUGGACCUCGCGUUCAUCUACUGGUACUGCAAGCGCCAGAACAAAAAGAAGGCCGCCAUUCGUGCGCAGCCGGGAUACGUCAAGUUGGAGAAUCAGGAGUUCUUGGACCUGACGGAUCGCGAGAACCCGGAGUUCAUUUAUACGCUUUGA